AUGGCGCAUUCGCACUAUUUCCAAAUAAUUCUGGGAGCAGCUGGGAUGCUCUGGGUCUUGCUGGUCGGAGGGAUGCAUUUGCAAAGGCAGGAAAGUUUGGUGUUGAAAUCUCUGGGGCUCACGACCAGGCCCAGCCCCAGAUCCCCCCCUCCCGUGCCCCAUCUGCUCUGGAAGAUGUUCCACAAGAGAGCCAGCCUCUCUCCAGCUUCCCAGGAAGGGAGGACGCCUUGCUGGGUGGAAGAAUUCAGGGUUCCUGGCAAUAUCAUCCGAGUCUUCCCAGACCAAGGUACGUUGUUGGAAAGGUUUUGGGAGCUCUGUUGAAUUGAUGGGUUUUCUGGUUUGAGAUGGCCAUGAUUUUCUCCCUGAGGUUAGAAGAGGUGCAAUCCUGCACAGGUCUACUCAGAAGCAAGUCCCACUGAGGUCAUUUCAUAGCUUGCUUUUCUUCACCCAAUAAAACCAGAAAUGGAUUCUGCAUCCCCUAAAUUCUCCUAAAAUUCAUAAAAUCAGGCCAGUUUGGGGAAUAAAAGCAAUGUCAGUCCUACUCAGAGUAGACACGUUGAAAUUAUUGGGCAUGGCUAACCGAGGCUCAUUGGGUCUAUUCUGAGUAGAACUUAGUUCACCAGAGAGCAUAGUCCCAAGUCCAGGACAAAAACAAACUUUGUUUUGAUUGAUUUAGGGUUGUUGCUUUUUAAAUAACUACUCAUCAGGCCAGAGGUGUUGAAAGUAGUCUGCAAUUAUUAUAAAAGCUGCGCUUUGUCUCAGGCUUGACUCAAGGGGUUGGACUAGAUGAUCCUCAGGACCCCUUCCUGCCCUACAGUUCUAGGAUUCUAUGAAAUCACACUAAGAACAUCGCAGCUGAUCAUUCCUCUGUGGUAUUUCUACAGUUAUUCCCUUUCCUUAUUUCCCCCCUGGGGAUUUUUUAAAAAAGCAUUUUUACUGCAUUCUGUACAUCACCUUCAGACCCCUGUGUGGAAAGUGAUUAACAAAGAAAGAUAAAUAAAUUAGCAUGAGUUUGGAUUGGGCAAUAUUAUAAAUAAAGACUCAUAAGAAAACAAUAGCCAGCUGUUCACAAUAUGUUCAGUUUCAUAAGCACAACCUUAAAAUAAAGAGAGAUUCCUCCCCCCCCCCAGGCUUUACAAACCCCUUUGAUCUUUGCCCUUUAUCUCUCACAACCCCACAGGUAAUGGCAUCAAAUUUUUAGCCCAGGAUUCUUGAGAUGGUUGUAUUAACACUUGUAAUGGGCUGGAAGUUUGAUGUCCUGAUUUGUGAGCUAAAUCAGGAUAAAGGAUGAUCAGUGCAUUAUAAGUGUUCAUAGCAUCGUGGAGAUGGAAGGGACCCCAAAGGUCAUGUAGCUCAACCCCCUGCAAUGCAGGAAUCUCAGCUAAAGAGUCCAUGACAGAUGACCAUCAAAAGGGAUGGCCUCUUCCAUGUGACAGCCCUUGAGAUAUUGGAAGAUGGCUAUCUCCUGUUCGCCAGGCUAAACCUCCCCAACUCCCUCAACCAUUCCUCAUCAGGCUUGGUUUCCAGACCCUUGGUCAUCUUAGUUGUCCUCCUCUGCACAUAUUCCAUCUUGUCAAUAUCCUUCCUAAAUUGUGGUGCCCAGAACUGGACACAGGAUUCCAGGUGUGGUCUGACCAAGGCAGAACAGAGCAGUACUUUUACUUCCCUUUACCAGGACAUUAGACUGCUGUUGAUGUAGCCUUGAAUAGCAUUAAUUUUUUUGUUGCUGCUGCUGCUGCUGCAUCACCCUGUGGACUCAUGUUCAGCUUGUGGUCCACCAAGACCCAGAGAUCCUUUCCCCAUGUCCUGCUAGGAAGCUCGGUUUGCCCCAUCUUAUAUUUGUGCAGCUGGGUAUUCCUGCCUAAGUGCAGAACCUGACACUUAAUAUCCAGUUUAUCACUGAUUAAUUUUUCUCCACUAUUCCACCUUCCCAUUUUCUCCUUUAUAUCCCUAUUUUACACACACACAAUACCUGCCAACUUAGAUUUCACCUCAUGCCUAAUAUGAAAGUGUGCUAGAGUCCAUGAAAAGCUUAUUCCCUUACAAAUCUGAUAGCCUUCAAAGUGAUCUUUGCGUAUUUUGGUGCGUAUUUUGUGUAUGAGGCUAGUUGGAAUCCUACACAAACUUAAACUGGAAGUCCAGCUGAACUCAGCGGAGCUUACUUAUGAGUAGACAUACAAAGGAUUAAAUCCCCCUGGGCCCAGUUGAGCUUACUUCCAAGUAAAUUUUCUUAUGGGAUAGUGGCCUGGGGUUUGCCACAAGUUCUACUCAGAGUAGAGCAAUAGACAUGCUAAUAGGCUCAAUUAAGUUCUACUAAGAGCAAAUCUAUGCAGCCCAGUGAGCUUAGGUUAAUCAUGCCCAUUAAUUUCAAUUAUCAGUGCAACUCAUAUUGGAUUUAACCCUUUGUUUCCUCUUAACCAUUCCCCCUUCCUAAUUGGUUACUUUAUUAACUGGCUAAUCAAUUAAUCUCUGUCUUUUAAAUAGCUUAACUUGUUGACAAAUUACUAUUUUCUUGUGUGUUCAUUUACUGUUCUGUUUAUGUGCUUAUUCAUAAAAUGCAAGCCUGAUUUAAGCACAUACAUUUAUAGUAUAUAUAUAAGAAGUCAGGCAUGAUAAACUGCAAAGCUGAAAUGGUCCCCCCCCCCCCCCAGUCUUACUGAAGGAAAACUGCUCCAACUUUGCAGAUCGUUUGUAUGCAAAAAUAAAAAGGGCUUUGCUGGUGGCUGGGAAAUCCUUCUUCCCCGCCAGCAUUUGACCAUCUUUAGCAGAAGCUGCUCUGUGACCAGAUGCCUUGAAGGCCUGCUCUUCUCACCUCCUUUCCUCCAUCCACUGCAGAAACCAGAGCCUUGGCCUCUUCCCCCAUUCCUACACCUUGGUGAGACUUCUCACAGCCGGGCGAUAAUGGGCCUUCUCAACGCCUGUGAACUCAACUGUUCUUAAAGAUAUGUAGCUUUGGAUGUUUGGCUCUGCUCACUUGGGUGCCACAGAUGUUUCUUGGUGUGAACAGGCACAUCAGAACAUCUGAAGAGCCUGCAGGAUCAGGCCAAUGGACCAUCUAGUCCAGAGUGGGAGGGAGGCAGCCAUGUGUCUGAACACCAAUAUAUACAGUGAAAUGGGUUUUGAUACUCUUAGUAUCAAACCCACUUGGGCGGUAUUUAUUUAUUUUUAUUUAAUGCCUUAUAUAUUCCUGCCUUUUUCCUCCAAGGAGCUUGAGGUCUCUUUCCCCCUCCUCAUUUAAUCCCCCACAACAACCCCGGGAGAUGGGUUAGGCUAGGAGAGACCUUCAAGGCCACGCUCGGGGAGCUUUGAGGCCAAGGGGGAAUUUGAACCCUGGUCUCUCUGAGGUCCUAGUCUGAUGCUCUAACCACGACACCACUGGCUCUCCCUGCGCCAUGCAAUAGGGCUGUGUCAGGGACUGGCUGGACACAGAGGAAUGGUGGGAGGAACCAGCUGGGGGACCCUCAAGGGAAAAAGGUUCAGAGCCCAGGGAGUGGUGGUUAUAUGUCUGGGAAAACCUGGAUAUGUCCUCUUUUUUUGGGGGGUCAACAUGUCCCCCCUGGCUAAUUUUUACAUGUCAAGGGAAAUGUCUGGUUUGGUUUUUUUUAGUUAUUUUCAGAAGGGGUUUGGGGGGUGCACACGCAUGUUUGGGAGGGUGCUGUGACCCAGAAGCAGAAGGGCCAUGGCGGAGUGAGGCUGUUGCAGCAAAGAUCAGGUAGGAGCUGGGGUCCUGCCUCCGCUUGGGCUGCUGUGCAGGUGGCAGCCGCUGCCAGCCCAAGCUGGGGAAAGAGGUAUGUGGCCACAGUGGCUGUAGCCCCUGCACCAGCUCAGGCUGACCUGUUCUUCAGGACAUAGCAACCCUAGUGGUGGUGGGACAAUGUUGAGCGGACAGAGGGAGAAGACUGGGAACAGAUGUUGUCGGAAGAGGACAGGGCUUAGUGGGCUGGGAGAGUCUGUGGCAGAGAGCAGUCCAGACUCAGAGGCAGGAGCUGAAGCAGGAGAGGAGGGAGGCCAGGAGGCAGAGAGGGGAAGAGCCACGGGGGUCUCCCCCUCCUGCUGCGAGAAGCUCCCCUCCCCGCUGGUCUCCCAGAACCAGGAGAAGCAUGAAAAGGGCGGAGGAGAGGUUGGCUGCACGCAGGCCCAGUCUCAGAUUGUUUGAGGAAAACCCUGGAGACAGCUGUGGGGAGGAGGGACCUUUCGGUCUCAACAACUGAUUUUCAUGGAGUAAAACCACCAGGAAUGGGUUGCUGUACUCAUUAGGCCUAAUACUCCUGUGCAGAUCCUGUUUUUGCUAAUAAGGAGUACACAGUGUGAUUUACCGCUGGCUUGCUCUUGUCAAGCUGGUCCUUGCCUCAGCGUUGUUCCUCCUCUCCUAGGCAAAUUCAUCCACAGCGACAAGCCACGGAGUUGGCUGUGCCUCCAGAAGCGGCUGUACUUCAAUUUCUCCACCCUGGACAAAGGGGAGCAGGUGACGAUGGCGCAGCUGCAGAUCCGUUUCCGCCACAACCAGUACCAGGUCGCCAGUCCGGGCCACCCUUUGGAGCUGAGCCUGUACCAGGCCUCCCAGGCAGCUCUGCGAGGGAUGUCCUCGCACGCCUACAGCCGGAAGCUCUUGGCGGAGCAAAGCUUCAUCCAUCUCCACAAGUCCUUCGUCUUCAACCUGACCGAGGCAGCAAAGGUGUGGCAAAACCCUGCCCGGAACCUGGGCUUGCUGCUUGAAAUCGCCGGCGGGAAGCUGUGCUCCGGUGCAGAUUCCUUCCUUGACACCUCCCUCCUUGUGGUCUCCCUGGCGCACAGUCAGUGCAGGAGAACCCGGAGGCGGCGGAGCACCUACUACGUCCCGACGGCCGCCAGCAACGUCUGCAAGCCGCGACGGCUGUACAUCAGCUUCCGCGACGUUGGCUGGGAAGACUGGAUCAUCGCCCCCCAGGGUUACCUGGCGAACUACUGCCUGGGCGAGUGCCCCUUCCCACUGGCCGAAGACCUCAACAGCACCAACCACGCCAUUCUGCAGACAGUGGUGCACUCCCUCGACCCCGAAGGGACCCCCCAGCCCUGCUGCGUCCCUGUCCGCCUCUCGCCCAUCUCCAUCUUGUAUUACGACAACGACGACAACGUUGUGCUGAGGCACUAUGAGGACAUGGUGGUGGACGAAUGCGGGUGCCGGUAA